CUUCCUGGUGGCUUGGGCUUCUCGGGCCCCAAGCCUAGCCCCAACUUCGCGGCUUGGCCUUUCCUGGGUCGCCAUGGAGUCGGCGCUGAGUGCGGGCAUCGCGGUAGCCGAGACGCUGCAGAAGCAGAUGCUGGGGAUGGAGAACGUGUGGCUCUGGGUGACCUUUCUGGGCGACCCCAAGUGCCUCUACAUAUUCUACUUUCCCGCGGCCUACUACGUCUCCCGCCGCGUGGGUGUCGCGAUUCUCUGGAUCAGCCUCAUCACUGAAUGGCUCAACCUCGUCUUCAAGUGGAUCCUCUUUGGAGACAGACCCUUCUGGUGGGUCCAUGAAUCUGGAUACUACAGCCAGGCCCCCGCCCGGGUCCACCAGUUCCCCUCUUCUUGCGAGACUGGGCCAGGCAGCCCUUCGGGACACUGCAUGAUCACAGGAGCAGCCCUCUGGCCCAUGAUGAUGGCCAUCUCCUCACAGUUGGUCACGCGGACACGCAACCGCUGGGUGCGCGUGAUGCCCUGCCUGGCUUACUGCACCUUUCUCCUGGCCAUCGGCUUGUCUCGGGUCUUCAUCUUAGCACAUUUUCCUCACCAGGUGUUGGCUGGCCUAGUAGCUGGUGCUGUCCUGGGCUGGCUGAUGACCCCACGGGUUCCUAUGGAGCGGGAACUCAGCUUCUACGGGUUGACCUCACUCGCCCUCCUGCUGGGUGCCAGCCUCAUCUAUUGGAGCCUCCUGACCCUGGGCCUGGAUCUUUCCUGGUCCAUCAACCUAGCUUCUAAGUGGUGUGAGCGGCCCGAGUGGGUCCACGUGGACAGCCGUCCCUUUGCCGCCCUAAGCCGUGUCUCAGGUGCCUCGCUGGGCCUGGGCAUCGCCCUGCACUCCCCGUGCUACGCUCAGGUCCGGCGGGCACUCCUGGACAAUAGCCAGAAGCUGGCCUGCUUUGCGCUGGCCAUGGUGCUGUUGGGCCCCUUGGAAUGGCUGGGUUACCCACCUCAGAUCAGCCUCUUCUACAUCUUCAAUUUCCUCAAGUUCACCCUCUGGCCCUGCCUGGUCCUGGCCCUUGUGCCCUGGGUGGUGUACAUGAUCAGUGCCCAGGAAGCCCCACCUGCCCGCUCCUGCUGACCUUCCCGCUUUCCCACCAGACCCCACUCCACCUCCACACUCCAGCCCGUUUCCUCCAUGUGUACAGCUCCCAGCUGGCCCUCUGCCCCCUGAACUUCCCCAACUCCUCCCAGCACCUGGGCUUAGCCCCAAGAGCACCUUCUCUCCCAGAGAACCUCGUCUCCCUCCAGUCUUUCCUCCCAAGUUCCCGGGGGGUGGGGGUGGGAGUGGGGGAGCAGGCAGAGGAAUGGCAAGGCCAGCGGGCCCUCCAGUGGCCCCAAUAAAACUCUGUGAGCACUUCG